AUGCCUCAGAGGCACAGGAAGAAGUACCAUGCCCAUGUGAAAUGCCACCAGGUCCAGGGGGACACUCAGUGUCCCCAGGAGGCCCAGUCCAGUGCUGCUGCAGCCUCCAAAGAGGAGUGCCCCUCCUCCCUCUUGUCUGUCCCUCAGGGUUCUCCCCCAAGCUCCCCUGCUACUGGAGAUCACCAGGAGCUUCAGGGAGCUAUGGCCCCUAGCUCUCCUGAUGCAGGGCCUUCCUGUGCAGGAUCUGAUGAAGGUGCCCAGGGCCCACAGGAGGAAAGUGCAGGUGCCUCCCAGAAAGCCCCUGCCACUCAGAGCCCUUGCAUAGAUCCUCUGACCAGGAAGGCCAGCAUGCUGGCGGAGUUCCUCCUGGAGAAGUACACCAAGAAGGAGCCCAUCUUGCAGCACGCCCUGCUGAAGGUCGUUGGCAGCAAGUAUAGGCAGCACAUCCCUGAGAUCCUCAGGAGAGCCUCUAAGCACAUGGAGCUGGUAUUUUGCCUGGAGCUGACGGAAGUCGACCAUAGCAGGAACAUCUAUGCCCUCAUCAACAAGCUCAACCUCGGGGGCGAUGAAGGUCUGAGUGAUGAGGGCAAUCUGCCCAAAUCUGGUUUCCUCAUGGUGCUCCUGGGCAUUAUCUUCAUGAAGGGUAACCGUGCCACCAGGGAGGAGGUCUGGGAAUUCCUCAGUGCAUUGGGAGUCUAUACUGGGAGGAGGCACUGGAUCUUUGGGGAACCCAGAAGGCUCAUCACCAAAGAUCUGGUGCAGAAAAAGUACCUGAGGUACCGACAGGUGCCCAAUGUCAGUCUUCCACACUACGAGUUCCUGUGGGGCCCGAGAGUGUUUGAAACCAGUAAGAUGAAGGUGUUGGAGGUACUGGCGAAGAUCCAAGAUACCGUCUGGACUUCCUUCCCAGACCUCUAUGACGACGCUCUGAGAGAUCAGGCAGAGAGAGCAGGGCUGAGAGGCAUGGCCAGGGCUCCAACAAUGGCUGAAGCCAAAUACAAAUGUAUUAAUCAUAUAAAUCACAUUGUUUGCAGUUUUAAAGUUUUGAAAGCCACAGGUUGGGUAAAUGGAAAACACAUUGAGAGUAUUGAAUAUGUUGUUCACCAUCUAAACAAGAAAAUAGAAGCAAAAGGAACACCUCCUAAUUCCUUUUCUGUGAGAUUUAGUAGCACAUUCAGGGUAGCUGAGACCACAGUGAAACAGGGUCUGCUGCUGCUUUUUGUACUGAGAAGCAGGACUGUCUGCUGUGCCCCAGGGCUCACUCUCCAUUGCUAUUCAGUGGUCUCAGGGGACAGGCUGACCAGGAGAACAGGAGCCCUGUCGGUCCUAGAGCACUGGCCUCGAGGACCCCUCAGAGGCGGCAACCAUUCAAGCCAGGGAGGACUCUCCUCGCUGAAGGUUCUCACAGCAUGUCCUUGUCUCUCCUCCAGGUGCCUUCCUGCCUGCUUUCCUGCCCGCACUCCCACCUGUGGUCCCUUGUCUGCUGUCACCAUGCCUCGGAGGCACAAGAACAAGUCCCAUGCCCGCGGGAAACGCCACCAGGUCUGGGGGGACACUCAGGAGGCCCAGGCCAGUGCUGCUGAAGCCCCAAAGGAGGAGUGCCCCUCCUCCCACUCUUCUGCCCCUCAGGGUUCUCUCCCAAGCUCCCCUGCUGCUGGCGAUGGCCAGGAGCUUCAGGGAGCCAUGGCUCCUAGCUCUCCUGAUGCAGGACCUUCAUGUGCAGGAUCUGAUAAAGGUGCCCAGGGCCCCGAGGAGGGAAGUGCAGGUGCCUCCCAGGCAGCCCCUGCCACUCAGAGCCCUCGAAAAGAUCCUCUGGCCAGGAAGGCCAGGAUACUCGUGGAGUUCCUGCUGGAGAAGUACACCAAGAAGGAGCCCAUCACGCAGAACGCCCUGAUGAAAAUCGUCAGCAGGAAGUACAGGCAGCACUGCCCUGAGAUCCUCAGUACAGUCCGUGAGCGCAUGGAGCUGGUCUUUGGCCUGGAGAUGAAGGAAGUCGACUCUAUAGGGAACAUCUACACCCUCAUCAGGAAGCUCAACCUAGGGGGAAAUGAUUGUCCGCGUGAUGAGGGGGCGCUGCCCAAGUCCCGUCUCCUCAUGGUGCUCCUGAGUGUCAUCUUCAUGAAUGGUAACCGCGCCACCAAGGAGGAUAUCUGGGAAUUCCUCAGUAUGUUGGGGGUCUAUGCUGGGAGGAGGCACUGCAUCUUUGGGGAGCCCAGAAGGCUCAUCACCAAAGAUCUGGUGCAGAAGGAGUACCUGAACUACCGCCGGGUGCCCAAUAGUGAUCCUCCGCGCUACGAGUUCCUGUGGGGCCUGAGAGCUUGUGUUGAGACCAGUAAGAUGAAGGUACUGGAGGUUCUAGCCAAGUUCCACGGUAGGGUCCCUAGUUCCUUCCCAGACCUAUAUGACGAGGCUCUGAGAGAUCAGGCGGAGAGAGCAGGGCUGAGAGGUGCGGCUAGGGCUCCAACCAAGGCUGAGGCCAGUGCCCCUUCCAGGGCCAAGUCCUGCAGCUCCUCCCACAUCUAGGGAGGGGGGCAGGGCACUUUGUUCCCUCUGUGUUGGAAGAGAG